CUCAACAUGAUUUUGCCAAAAUAUUUUUGAUAUAUUAUAAUUAUACUUUUUUCAUCAUCGUUUUAGUGAAACGAUGUAUGAGAUAUGUUUUAUCUUUUGAGUUUCUACGUGGAAACUCCCGCCAACUUCACAGGUAUUCAAGCAAAGCAUUAAUCAGUGACUGUAUACUCUAUAUGUAGACAGGCCCAAUGCUAAUUAUUCUACUAAGCGUCAGUUCAAGUAAAGGUCAGUAAGAAUUGUAAAGUAGUGUGUUUAAUAUUCCCGCCAAGCCUUCAAGCUCAAAAACAAUGUCUGCGGACGAGAAAAAUCCAGCUUUUGAGUCGGAAAGUCUGACCAUAAACGAUACCACUAAAGAAGCUAUCACUUUAAAAAGGUCAUUAGGAGUCCCUGGCGGUGUGGCUCUUCUCGUAGGCACUAUAAUUGGCUCUGGUAUCUUCGCUACCCCAAAAUGGGUCGUUAUAUACUCAGGUUCAGUUGGUCUAAGCCUUGUAGUAUGGUCACUGUGUGGUUUGAUAAGUCUUCUAGGAGCUCUUUGCUAUGUAGAGUUAGGGCUUCUCAUUCCUAAGUCUGGAGGCGAGUAUGUGUAUCUCAUGGAAGCGUUUGGACCUCUCCCUGCGUUCUUGUUCUCCUGGGUAUAUUCUUUGCUUUUGAAAAAUGGCGGUGUUGCUAUUCUGGUUCUUGUCUUUGGAUCCUACGUAGUUGAGCCUUUUUAUCCUGGAUGUACAGACCGACAAGAUUUGGUACAACUUCAGAAACUCCUAGCAGUUAUAGCUUUAGGGGUGGUUAUCGUCGUUAACUGCGCAAGCGUGAAAUGGGCAAGUCGGCUGCAGAUCGGACUGACUGUUGCCAAGAUGGUUGCCAUAGUGAUGCUGAUAUUGACUGGCAUCGUGAGAAUCGCACAAGGUCACGUAUCUAGUUUCACCAACGCGUUCAAGGGCACAGAGCCAAGACUAAGUGUCAUUGGAUUUGCUUUCUACAAUGCUUUGUUCUCAUACGAUGGAUGGAAUAAUAUCAAUUACGUAAUAGAAGAAUUCAAGAAUCCAAAAAGAAACCUACCGCUGUCCAUCUGGAUUGCAGUUCCUGUUGUCUCUGCUUCGUACGUUCUCGUCAAUGUUGGUUUCUUGACGGUGCUCAGCGGAGAUGAAGUUAUGAAAUCCAAUGCCGUGGCUGUGACAUUAGCGAGCCGUUUGUAUGGUGUAAUGGCCUGGACUAUUCCAUUCCUUGUUGCCUGUUCUGUCUUUGGUUCUGUCAAUGGCAGUGCUUUUGCUGGAGGAAGAUUAAUCUUUGCCGCCGCUCGCGAAGGCCACCUUCCUCAGCUCCUCGCCAUGAUACACACCAAACAACGAACUCCUCUUCCAGCCCUACUGACAUCGUUCAUUAUUUGUACAAUCAUGGUGAUCCCAGACACAUCUUCCAUCGCUUCCCUCCUCAACGCUUUCAGUCUCCUGGUCUGGUUCAACUAUGGCGUAACUCUGUCUGCUCUUCUAUGGUUGAGGUACAAAAAGAAAGACAGCGAACGACCUUACAAGGUGUUUAUCGUUUUCCCAUGCCUACUUAUCUUGCUGUCGAUCUACCUCGUGGUUGCUUCCUUCGCACAGUCUCCAGUAUCUUCCACAUUAUGCUUUCUUUUUGUUCUGGCUGGGAUCCCUGUGUAUUUUGUAUUUGUUCGCUACAAAUUCGUCCCAGGAUGCAUUGAUCGAGUGACUCUUUGGCUGCAGAAGUUCCUUAACGUUGCUCUACCACAAACAGAGAAAGACUUACUUUAAAACCAUCUUCUUCAGUGGUCGAACGCAAAGCACAUAGUAGAGACUGCAAAGUAGACACUUCACCAAGCAUGGUGACGUAAUUUUACUCCGUACAAUUACCAGAAUCCUUUGCAAAAUUUUCUUAUUCAUUCAAAAUUGUAUUCUUUGCCCUUGAGAAUAACGACGAAAUGCGCACAAAUAGUCGUAAAGGCUGCGCAAAGGCUGGUAGUACUGAGUUGCAGUAUGUAGAGCUAAGGGGUGGUCACGUGACUAAGUACAACUUCUUAUAUCGGGAAACGAGAGAAAACCAGCUAACUGCGCAUGCUCAAAGUCCGCAUGCAACUGACCCCAAUGCUGCUCUAAAAAUAUCCAAACUUUUUUUAAACUUGUCUUGCAAAUUAACUUUAAAAUUGAAAACUUACGUUAUAAUUAGCAAAUUCUUUCAAAUUGUUUUAACAAUUAAGUAUCUUGGUCCCACAAAAGCAUGUAUACUCAUAUUGACAAAUUUGUUCGUAUAUUCGGGAAAACGACAUUUAUUUUCUAAAAAAAAACCGCUAGAAUUCCGUCUUAGAGAGCGUGCUUAAAUGCACGGUACGAGUGUUAAACGCUAUCAGAUUGUUCCAGCAAGGAACUUUAUCUUUAGGCCAUACCUAGAGGACCACACAUUUAAUGACAAGGAAAACUUCAGAAAGUAACAAAGUAAAUAAUAAAUAAAUCAGGAUAAAUCAUUUUUUACAAAGCAACAAACUGAUUUAUCCUGGUCUUUUAGCUACCAGUUAUUAAUAAACCAGAAAG